AUCACGACUGUCUCUGUGCUGACUCUGGUCUGUCGGGAUGGGCAUGGGCACUACGCGGCCUUUCGAAAGCGCUUUGGCCCUCGCCGUGGAGGUCUCGAAAGUCACGAGACGCGUUACAUAAGCAAGCACCCCGGUACUUUCUUUCCCUGUUUUUAUUUUUUGAGAAGAAAGCAAAGCCGCGCGCCCGAGAAAGAGUGAGUCUGAAGAGAGAGACAGAGGGCAAGGAAAGAAAAGAAAAAAAAAGAGCGAAGAAAAGAGCGAAAAAGGGAAAAGAGCGCCGCUUGUCUGUCGGUCGACGGUCCCUUCUUUCCUUCUCGACCGUUAUCACCCUCCCUCUCUCUCCCCUUCUUUUCCCCCACAGAAGACUCGCCUCGACGAAUCCUGACGAUGGCCUCGGAGAUGAGAGACGACGUUUCGCCGCGAGCAGACGAAGGCGCCCCCGUCGCUGUUCCGGAGCAGCAGCAGCAGGGAGGCGAGUCGGCCACACCGUCGUUCUUUGAGCGCCGGCCACAGCAAGAAGGGCCGCACGGGCGCAAGGACUCGCAGGCGAACCUGCCGCCGCCCGAGGUGGCCCGCAUGAUCCCUUGCCGCUACUUUCCCAACUGCAGCUACGGGGACAAGUGCAUCUUUGCGCACCCGCUGCCAGCAGGGCCCAUGCUCUACCAGCAGCCGCCGCCGCCGGGCCACCACUAUGGCUAUGCGCCGCAAUUCUACCCCAUGGCGGGCCCUCCCCCGCCGCCGCCGCCAAUGGGCCCCGUGCCGCCGAUGCCGGUGCACUUUGCGCCGCCCAUGGCGCCCCACCACCCCCACCACCCCCAGCACCACGGCCCACCCCACCACGCACAGCAGCAGCAGCAACAACAACAGCAACAACAGCAGCACCUGCACCACCACAGGCAGCUACGACGGUGGAGCAGGGAGAGGAGAACCAGGAGCAGGGAGACAAGGCGCAUGCAGACCGGGAACAGGGAGACAGGGAGCACGCAGACAAGGAGCAGGAGGUGAAGCACAAGACAGAAGACAACGCUGUGGCCUCGUCGUCGUCGUCGUCUUCGGCGGUGGCCUCGCCUGCGCCGGCCGUCGAUG